AUUACAGCCUCGGCUUUGGGCGGUCCUCCUCUGCUCUAGCAACCAUCAACCAUGUGUGACGAGGAAGAGUGUGCGCUUGUAUGUGAUAAUGGCUCCGGUCUCUGCAAGGCCGGUUUCGCCGGAGACGACGCCCCUCGCGCCGUCUUCCCCUCCAUCGUCGGUCGCCCUCGUCACCAGGGUGUGAUGGUCGGUAUGGGUCAGAAGGACGCCUACGUAGGCGAUGAGGCCCAGAGCAAGAGAGGUAUCCUCACUCUCAAGUACCCCAUCGAGCACGGUAUCAUCACCAACUGGGACGACAUGGAGAAGGUUUGGCAUCAUACCUUCUACAACGAACUCCGUGUUGCCCCUGAGGAGUCCCCCACACUUCUCACUGAGGCUCCCCUCAACCCCAAGGCCAACCGUGAGAAGAUGACUCAGAUCAUGUUCGAGACCUUCUCCAUGCCCGCCAUGUACGUUGCUAUUCAGGCUGUGCUCUCCCUGUACGCCUCUGGUCGUACUACUGGUCAGGUUUGCGACUCUGGUGACGGUGUGACUCACAUGGUCCCUGUAUACGAAGGUUAUGCCCUUCCUCAUGCUAUCCUCCGUCUCGAUCUUGCUGGCCGUGACCUGACCGCUUACCUGAUGAAGAUCAUGACUGAGCGUGGCUACUCCUUCACCACCACCGCUGAACGUGAAAUCGUCCGCGACAUCAAGGAGAAGCUUUGCUAUAUCGCCCUUGACUUCGAGAGUGAGAUGAACGUUGCAGCCGCAUCGUCUUCUAUCGAUAAGUCCUACGAACUUCCCGACGGUCAGGUCAUCACCAUUGGUAACGAGCGUUUCCGCUGUCCCGAGGCUCUUUUCCAGCCUUCCUUCUUGGGCAUGGAAUCUGCUGGAGUUCAUGAAACUGUUCACAGCUCCAUCAUGAGGUGCGACAUCGACAUCAGGAAGGACCUGUUCGCCAACAUUGUCAUGUCUGGUGGUACUACCAUGUACCCAGGUAUUGCUGACCGUAUGCAGAAGGAAAUUACAAACUUGGCCCCUUCCACCAUCAAAAUCAAGAUCAUUGCUCCUCCUGAGCGUAAAUACUCCGUGUGGAUCGGCGGUUCCAUCCUGGCCUCUCUGUCCACCUUCCAGUCCAUGUGGAUCACCAAGGAGGAGUACGACGAGUCCGGCCCCGGCAUCGUCCACCGCAAGUGUUUCUAAGCUCCUCGUCUGUAUAACUUGUCUUAUUAUUAAAAAAAACAAUAUAACAAUAAACACAUUUGUAUCA